AUGUCUGCGCCAUUUUUGGAUUCGGUUCCCACCAAAUUCCAGAAUGUUCUACCGCGGGAAUAUGUGCUUCAGCCGAUCUCUGCGGAGCUAAAUCUCCUUCUGGAUAUGAGAAAGGCCGAGCAACGCCGUCCGUCUGUGGAAGAAGCGAUUUCGUCCACACUUUUGGAAUUCCAGUUAUCGAAAGAGAUGGAAGAGGCAGCGAAGCGCUGCUUUCAGUUUUGUAUGAAGAAUGAAACGACGCAGGAAGCGAGCAAAGCCGCGUUUUUCACUCGUUUCUCUUCGAAGUUUUCAAAUCUCGCCAAUCCUGGGAAUUCCAAAAGUAUGGACGAUUUUUUCACGCGAUGUUGGGAAAUGAAACACACAGCGAAAGCCGCCGUUCAAAUCGACGGGAACUUGGACAGUUUUUCGUUCAUUUUGCAGCAUCAUCAAUUUGUUAGCAUCACUGAAUUCAUCAGCAGUCUGAGUCUUCUCUCCCUCAAAGAACACUAUCGGCAGUUUCGUCCGGCACACGAGGACGUGGAGAAAUACCCGCGGGAAUGGUGGAAAUUCGCGAUUCAGAGCGUGAUGUGGAGCAAUCGCUCCCAAAGCAGAUAUCGAAGCUGGCGCGAGCUCCGAUCCUACAAAGCGAAUCGCGAUGAAUACGUGUCGUUGUACAAGCGAAAAUUAGGAAUGAAACCGUCACUGAAAAAGGACGCGAAGGGAUUGAUGCGACUGCAGAAGCUGGAGGAUUUGCUGUCGCUGCAGGAGAUUAUGAUUUUUCGACGAAUCGCCAUGUCGCAAGUCGCGGAGGAAUCGGAAGGAAAGAAAAAAUCGCUCUAUUCGCUUCGCAAAACGUCUUCGCCUCGACCGGAAGACGAGAAAAAGAAAGAGAUUUGGAGCCGGUUCGAUAUUGAUCCGAACGAAUCGCUGUGGGAGGGAGAAAUGACGCAGGAUAUUCAGUUGUGGCUGGACUUUACGAUUCACAAAAUCAGCCUGAAUUUGAAGCGAGAUGAAAAGAAACUCUUCUCCGUUGUGUUCAAAAACGCGGGAAUUCGCGUGGUCAAUCGAAAGGAGUUUUGCCAGCUGUGGUGUUCUCUUCAAAGCGUGAAUUUAAAGUAUUUGAAGAACUCGGAUUCUCCUUGGAAUCAAAUACUGUAUCCAGAGAAGGGAGCGAUUCUGGAUUUCCAAAAGUCGGGCGUAUUUCUGCCUGCUGAGAUGUACAAAAAGCAAGAAACACCCUUCCUUCAGUUGUUCGCGGAAAUUCCAACCGUUUCGAGUGAUCGCGAACUUCGAUUGCGAUGCUCCACGCUCCCCUUGUGUUUGGUAGCGAAUUUGAAUUGCAUCACGGAUGUGGUCGCGUUCUUCUCGGACUCUCUUUCCACUCUUCAUAUCGAUGGAUUUUCCUCUCAAAAGUCGCCAUUUUCAUCCUCCUCCAAACGGCGGCAGGUUCGAAUUGCUCGCGAAAUCUCGUCCUAUCGUCGAAGUGAAGUCGAUGUUUAUGUGGGUCCUAUCCACAUUCUGCUUCCAGAAGACUUGGAAAGCAAUUUGGAAACACGGGAAACGUUGGUCGUGCGUCUUGGCGAUAUGGCGAUCACAAACGCAGAAGCAGCGGAUCACAGCUUGGAUGUGAAUCGAUUUGAGGUGUUCCAUGUGCGUGUUGGAUCGAUUUCUGUGUUGCUCACGGACGGCUGCGAAAACUGGAUGGUUCAGGAAGUUCAAGAAACGAAGCAGCUGAAACUGCUGCAUGAUUUCCAGCUCGAUGCGCUGGUUGGAAUUUGCAUGUCACCUUCCGAAGUUUCGCUGUCGAAUAUCGAAGUGAAGGCGACGCUUUCAAUGCUUCGGUUCCAGUUACAUCGCAUUCAUUAUCUGGCUUUGCUGCAAUGGGCGACCGGGUUUGAAGUACAGUUGGAACAUUUGGUGGCUCAUCUCGCGCCUCAGCUCAUUCAUCUGUCGCACAGCGCUCAACGAUUUGUGGAAUGGCUGUGGAUCGAUGACCGAAUGAAAACGGAGGAUCGAAAAAGCAAUUCGGAUCAGCCGCUUCUGCAGAUCGAACCUGUUGUUUGUUACGAUGACGAAGAACUUGCUUUUCUGUCUGCCAAACGCACAUUGGCGUUGCAUCUGCUGUUCGAAGGCGUUUCGUUAAGUAUUGAAGAGAAUAAGCAAAGUCUGGCCGAAUUGCAAAUCCGAGAAUUGUGCGUUGUGCUCACAAAGCAUGCUUUUGAUACGCACAUCGAUAUCACAUUAUCAGAAUUGGCCUUUCAAGACUGGAUUCGAUCUCGAAAGGAAGAGAAGGAUGCUUACUUCGUGAUAUCGAGACGCUUGACUGCCCACGAGGAAAUCGAGACCUCGUCGAGUAAACAGCUCAUCUAUAUCUCCAUCAAUGACAUUAGUCGAUCGUCUCCAUUGCUCUCUUCGGCUUCUAAUGUCACGUCGAUAAUGGUGGACUGCGGACCGUUGAGCAUGGUUCUGUUCCCUCCCUCGCUUCUCCAACUCUUUGAUUUCUUUUUGCCUGUCGCCUACUCAAAUCCAAAAGCGUCUCCAUCCAGCGAAUCGCUUUCUGCUAACGAAAAAAUCCUAGAGUUCUUAGAACGGCAGGCCUAUCGUUUCAUUCGUCGUCGUCGGAUUCCGCAGAACUGGGAGCAGAACAACGUGUACGUCUCGCUGUCACUUCAGUCCAUUUCUGUUUUACUCGUUCCUGCCAUACGAUCAGCUCCGUUUUUCGUCGGCCAGUUGUAUCGAACUGCGUUGCAAGUGGGUGUUUCUCCCACCAAAAUCGGAGUGGAAAUCAGUCUCGGCGAGUUAUCUGUGGACGAUUUGAGCGAGGGAUGUGGAAGCUAUUCUUCGGUUCUUUCCACGGAUCAUUCAUCUACGACAGUUACGGACACUUCUUCGUGGUUUAUGAAGGCUUCGAUUUCCGUCUUCACUUCGAAAGACGCGCCGUCCUAUCCCGGCUAUCGCUUGGCGUUCUCGGCAGCGUUGCGUGCACCUUCGCUGGUUUUACGAGCACGUUGGGUGGACGAACUGACGAAUUUUGUGGUCUCUGGACCCUUGGGGGAACUUCAGAGAGAGCUGAAGGAGAUGCGGAAGCCAAGUCCGCCCUCUUUGCUUUCAAGUUUGUAUGCCUCGGCGAUUCAAAUCGGAAAAGACCUGAUGCAGGAUCAAUCGGUAGUUCAGGAUUAUUUUUCAAUGCCGCUCAUGUCGAUCCAGAUCGACAAUUUCGUCGUAGUGUUGCCUGAAAACAGCACAAGCAGCAAUCACGCUGUUUUCGAGCUUGGCAAUGUGCGGAUAGUGAAUGACCAGACUUUUUUGUCCUCUGUGAAGCUGAGCAUUGAGAACAUGCAAGCUGCCACGGUGUUUUCGUCCUCCUUAUCUCAAGCAUUAAUGGGCGAAACGUCUUGUCAGCUGCAAAUCGAAGUGGGAUCGACGAUCCAGUGCGUGGGAGCUGUUUCUCGGCUGGCGAUCGCGAUCAAUCAGCAGCAGCUCGAGUUUUUCGCUCGAUUGGCGCAUGGAAACUUGAAAGAGGAAGCGAUUCUGUGUAAGGGCGAGUUCCUUUUGGUCGCGCCAUCAACCCAUGCAUCCGACAGCGAUUUGGUGAGCCAGCUGCUGCAUAUGAAGCCGUGUCUCUCGAUUGCCGUAACACUCGAAGGGUUGAGUUUGGAGUGCCUUCAAGGCGAUGAGGGAUAUGCGGCUUCGACGAGUGGUCAGGAUAUAAUUCGUUUUUGUAUGCAGACAUGCAGCGAAUCGACCUGUUUUGGCAGUCUUCUCCGUCGUCUCUUUCGUUGGGUCUUUCGCUGGCGAUGUUUGAAAUCCAUGAUUCAAUCCGCACUUCCUACGUCUGUAGCGAUUAUCGCACGCCGUUCUGUUUCGGCGGAGAUGCGAUGCCCGCGAUCUCUGCCACCUUCACAAUGA